AUUGGAAGGGAAUUGGCGAGGGGACGCGUGGUGGAUGCAGACAUCACUUCCUCAUUUUCUCUUAAACAACGCCUUGUAGCUGAUCUUUAUCGCCGUUUCACUCCCCCGUCCUUCCUCGCCCCUGAACGAGGUAAACCCUAGCUCGUUGGGAAACCCUAAUUCGACAGGUUCUUCCGCGAUCUUGAGUAUCGCAAUCAAUCUGACUGAUCGAGGCUUGCGUAAGGACCAGCUGGUUCCAUAGGUCGAAGGGGAAAAAAAAUUUCAUUUUGUUUCCCUCUUGUUCUAGCUAUGAAAUAAGGCAGAGAUUUCACCGGAUUCUGAAGCAAAAGAUGCCUCUCGAGCAGGAUAAAGACCAGGAGGCCCACCCUAGCAAUGGCGAGGAUAUGACGGAGGGGCCCGUCAGAUGCCUUAAUUGUGGAAUCAGUGCAAAGCUCACAUGCCAUAUGCGUAGCGGACCAGAAGGACGGAGAACCUUAUGCAAUGCAUGUGGAAUAGCAUGGAGAAAGGGAAAACAGAGGAAGGUUAUUGAUUACGAAUUUCCAAUGACAAACUUAGCAAAUUCCAAAAUGGUGCCUGAAGUUGAUAUGGAAUUUGAAGACGAAGAUAAAGCAUAUGAAUUCUACAAUAGAUACGCUGGAAUGGUAGGAUUUAGUGUACGAAAAGGUUGGAUAGACAAAUCUUCAGAUAAAAUUAUUAGAUCAAGAACUCUUGUUUGCUCGAGGGAAGGAUUCCGUAAAGACAAGAAGGGGGCCAAGGAAGUGAAGAAACCUCGACCAGAAACAAGAAUUGGUUGCCCCGCACGUUUGACCAUUAAACUUACACCUAAUGGUUCAUAUCGGAUUACUGAAUUUGUGCCAGAUCAUAACCAUCAACCUGCACCCCCUUCAGCCAUUCAUAUGUUAAGGUCUCAGAGGAUAUUGACUGAAGUUCAAUCUGGGGAAGCAGAUUUAUCUGAUGAUUCUGGGACUACUCCAAAAUCAGCUCACCACCUAAUGGGCAGACAAGCUUCAGGGUCCCAAAGUGGUGUUAGAUAUUUUCCUGCAGAUUAUCGAAUGAGUCUACGCUCAAAACGUAUGAAGAGCAUGCAGAUGGGAGAUGCAGAAGCUGUAUUGAAGUACCUCCAGAGCAUGCAGCUUAGUGACCCAUGUUUUUUUCAUGCCAUACAAAUUGAUGAGGAUGAUAAGCUGACCAAUUUUUUCUGGGCAGAUGCAAAGUCAAUAUCAGACUUCAACUAUUUUGGUGAUGUAGUUUGUCUAGAUACAACUUACAGGGUUAAUGGAUAUAGUAGGCCAUUUGCACCUUUUCUUGGUGUGAAUCAUCAUAAGCAAAUUGUGAUAUUUGGUGCAGCACUAUUGUAUGAUGAAACUAUAGAAUCAUUCAAGUGGUUGUUUGACACGUUCAAGAUUGCAAUGCAUGGAAAACAGCCAAAGACCAUCCUGACUGACCAGUCUAUGUCAGAAUACAAUGCUAUAAGAGCAGCUUGGCCAGGUACCAGCCACCGCCAUUGUAUCUGGCAACUUUAUCAAAAUGCCAUUAAGCAUCUUAAUAAUGUGUUCCAAGGUUCAAAAACAUUUGCCAAGGACUUUGCAAGGUGUGUAUAUGACUAUGAGGAUGAAGAAGACUUCUUGUCAGCAUGGAGGACAAUGAUAGAUAAAUAUGAACUAAGAAAUGAUGAGUGGUUGGCAAACCUGUUUGAAGAUAGAGAGAAAUGGGCCUUGGCAUAUGGUCGAGAAACUCUCUGUGUUGAUAUGAAAAACACACUGCAAAAUGAAAAUUUUAGUUCACUGAAGAAGUACUUGACUCCACAGCUUGACUUCUUCUCAUUUUUUAAGCAUUAUAAGAGGGUGGUGGACGACCAUAGAUAUGCUGAAUUGCAAGCUGAUUUUCAUGCAAGCCAAAGUAUUCCAAGAAUACCUCCUUCAAAAAUGUUAAGACAAGCUGCUGCUCUUUAUACUCCUACCGUGUUUGAAAUGUUCCGCAAGGAGUUUGAAGUAUUCAUGGAUUGCAUGCUGUACUUCCAUGGUCAGGAUGGGACUAUAUCAGAGUAUAGAAUCACAGUUGGUGAAAAUUCUAAGGAAUAUAUUGUUAGACUUGAUUCAAUUGAUUGUUCAGUUUCAUGCACUUGUAAAAAAUUUGAGUUUGUUGGUGUUCAAUGUGGUCAUGUAUUAAAAGUACUAGAUGUUAGAAAUAUUAAAGAACUACCACAACGCUAUUUCUUGAAGAGAUGGAGAAGAGAUGCUAAGACUGAAAUGGAAUUGGACUCCGGAGGAAUUGCAGUUGAUGGAGACCCAAAGUCUCCUGUACCAACUUUAAUGCAUAUACCUUUCGUUGCUCAACACCAAGGAUCGCAUGUAGCAACUCAGUUAAGUGAGGAUACAGGAAUACCCUACUUCUGAUCUGCAUCAACAACCUUUUCAUGGCAUCGCUCAGUUAAGUCAGGUAUACGUGUUGCUGUGGGUAUAUUUGUAAAUUUUUCUCUUGCGCUCACAUUUGAAAUAAAAAAUUUCUUUGAUUGCUAAUCCAUGUUUCUCACAGAUGAAAGAUCAAACUAUCACGUUAUCUGAUCAUAUAGCUGAAUAUUUGCAGAGUCGUGCAGCACCACCGAGUUACAGCAGUUCUCAGUUGAAUGGCUAGAACAACCUAAACUGUGCAUACUCUCAAAAUUAGAGUAAUAUUGUAUGUUCCUCUAUGCUUUGUGUUUUUUUUUCAUUGUACCGGCAACUGACAAAGGUUUCCUUAACCACCUUAUUCAAUGGCUAACAAGAAAUUUAUAUUGACUUCUCCAAGAUAUAUAUAUUUUUUUCUGUUCCUUGUAUAUGUUCUUAGAAAUCCAUGAACUGCGAUCUUCUCAAGGCUAAUUGUACUUUUGAAGUGUGCAAUAAAUUAUGAGGUA